GCAAAGCCCAGUGUAAGGCGGUCGGUCUUUGUCUUGUCGCUGUACUCCCCGGGACGGACGGGCGGAUACCGCCGGGAUGGACGUGUUUUUGAUGAUCCGCCACCACAAGACCACCAUAUUCACAGAUGCCAAGGAGAACACCACAGUAUAUGAACUAAAAAGGAUUGUUGAGGGAAUCCUGAAGAGACCCCCAGAGGAUCAGAAACUGUAUAAGGAUGACCAGCUACUGGACGACAACAAGACCCUAGGAGACUGUGGCUUCACUAGCCAAACUGCCAGGCCACAAGCCCCUGCCACAGUGGGGCUGGCAUUUCGCAGCUCAGGAGACUCGUUUGAGCCUCUCCGGGUGGAGCCCUUCUCCAGUCCCCCCGAGCUGCCCGAUGUAAUGAAGCCACAGGAAACAAGCGGAAGCGCCAACGAGCAGGCCGUGCAGUAGAGCCUGGGAGACUGUGCGCUGUUUGUAUCCAUUAGACUCCGCCUACUCUUGUCUCCAUGCCGGGGUGCUGAUGGAACUCAGUGCUUUGCGAUCUUUGUGGUUCCCUCCAAACAAGUGAAGGGAGUAAUAUUUCUUAUCCCUGACAACUCACCCCUCCCCCUCACCUUGUUGUACAAAGUGACCCCGCCCCCUUAAAUUCCAAGCAGUCUGCCCGGCAUUCGGCCCCCUCCCAUUUUUCAAUCUUCCAUUUCUUCUCUUGCUUUAUUUCCCCCCCCCCCACAGAUCCCAUUUGUUUGUUUAGGGGUGGGCAUUUUGGUUUUGAUUUUGUUCUAUUUUAUUUUUUAAACACAAUAAAACAUUUUUGCCUGUGA